AAAUAUGUUCCUUUCUUUGUAAACUCGCAAACAUGAUCCAAAGCUCCAUUUCUGUUCCUUUUUCACAAAUUUUAAAAAUAAGUUUCCUAUAAGUAAAUAAUGGAACUUGACCUUAAGCUCCUCCUUUUCCCAUUAGAUAUUGUUAUACUUUUAUAAAUACUAUUUGUAAUUUUAUAUUAUAAUUUGUAUAAAUAUAAUUCAUUCGGGAUCAAAAGAGUCCACAUCCCCUAAAUUCGCAGCAUUCAUAGUGAGUAGAAAUGGCUUUGGGUGGAGGUGGACCGCAAAGGGGGACUGCAGCAGCAGCAGCUGCUAACCUACGUCGAAGGAAGACAGGAGGAGCAGGUGGAGCUGCAGGAGGAGCAGGUGGUACCAUGCUCCAAUUCUACACUGAUGAUUCCCCCGGACUCAAGAUAUCCCCCAAUGUUGUGCUUGUAAUGAGUAUUGGCUUUAUAGGUUUUGUCGCAAUCCUUCACGUCAUGGGUAAGCUUUACUUUGUCCGCAGAGAGGGCUAGAGCCAUCUCAUUGCUGACUUUUGAAACUUUUGUUGGGCAAACAGCUUUCUAGUGAAAGGAAAACUGACAUUGUAGAUUUGUUUUCUUGUUUGUUUGUCUAUGCAAUGAAGUUUAUAGAAAAGUUUUCAUAGUUAUGAGUUGAAACUGUUUCUUGUGCCA